CAAUAUUUCUGAUAUACCCACUUGACCGAGCGUUUGAUUUCCUAGUUGUGUACUCUACUUUCGCCCAUGAACACGGGAGUCGGAAAGGCGCUAAUAGAAACGUGUUAACCAGUAUUAAAUAUAAAUAUUAUUACAAGCAAUGCGGAAAUUUAAGUUCUUGUUAGUUAUAUUACUAUUCUUUGUGAACUGCAUACGAGCUGAGGACGAAGAAAUAUGUGAUGAUAACGUGGGCUUUCGCUGUAGUAAUGGUAAUUUUAUAGACUGUUUGAACAAAUGCGAUGGCCAUAAGGAUUGUGAAGAUGGAUCUGAUGAAAUCUCGAUUCAUAAUAUCACAGAAAGUCCUUGUAAAGACCAAAAGUGCACGAAUGAUAAUUACCGCUGUAAUUACGGCGGUUGCAUUCCAAUAAUGAGCAAGUGCGAUAACAACAUGUUCAGUUGUGCUGACAACUCAGAUGAGUGGAAAUAUUAUUGCAAUAUACAUCCAAGUAAUCCUGAAGAAUUGAAAUCGUGUGAGUCUGGCCAUUUCAUUCCAGAAAAUAACUUUUGCAAUGGAAGAAUUGAUUGCCCUUAUGAUCAGAGCGACGAACAGCCUUUUUUGUGUCAUUUACGUGAUUGUUCUCUCAGGACGCAUUUCCGUUGCAAAUCUGGUGGAUGCAUACCUAAAAAUAAAAUCUGCGAUUCAAUUAUAGAUUGUUUUGAUAAUUCGGACGAGAAAGAAUGUGGAACAAAAGAAAAAGUUCAAGACUCUACAGUCCCUAGACAGGGCUGUCCAAUUAAAAAAGAUUCAAAUUAUGAUAUAAAACAUGAGAUGGAGAACUAUAAAAUUAAUCCCGGGGAAUGGGUUUCCGCCAACACGCGCAUUAUUAUUAAAUGUAAAAAUAACUUCUUUUUCCUCGGCAGAAACGAAUCCCAGUAUAGAAUAUGUAAAAAAUAUGGUGCAAAAUAUGUGUGGGAUCAACCACUACCAGAUUGCAUUAAAUAUUGCGAUGCAAGCAUUCUACAUAACAGCAAAUCUACAGUAGCGAAAUGCUCAUUUCACGGAUCGAUGGUUCCUUGUGACAAAAUUGUACCUAAUACAAUUGCGAAAGUGGAGUGUGCUAAUAGUUAUAAAAUACCGCAAGAACUAGGCGAUUUUGGUUCCUAUGAGAUGACCUGUACACCCCAAGGAAAUUGGAGCAAAAGAAAAAUCAAUUGUCAGCCAAUUUGCGGCCGUCAAGAGAGUUUCUACGACGCAGGCGCAUCAGAAGCCCCAUGGCAUGUAGGUGUCAAAACAAAUUUGUACGAGAAGUGCGGAGGUACUAUUGUCUCUCCAAGAAGUGUGAUAACUGCUCUACAUUGUGUCCAAAGGGAAGAUGAAGAAGUUCUUGACCACAGAAAAGUUUUCGUGAUAAUCGCCGGGGAUUUAAAAAAUGGACAUACUCAGAUUAUUACUGUCAACGUGUCUGAGAUCUUCGGAGGAGGACAAAUCGAUAUUGCCAUAUUAAAACUAAGCGAAAUACUUACUUUGAGUAACAACAUAAGACCGAUUUGUAAUACUGAGAGCGUAUAUAUUGUAGAGUCCAAACGAGCAUUUCUUCAUGGUUGGCCAAAGGAUUCAAACAAAUUUGCAGAUGUAUUUCACAAAACCGAACUACAAGUAUUGCCUCGUGGUAACUGCGGCGCCAAUUUGAAUGGAAGCUAUAUUUGCGUGCGCCCAACAUUUCAACUUGAGAAGAAUGAGACGCUGUGCGAGGGACAUAGUGGAAGCGGAAUCAUUGUCGAAAAUGACGGCGUCAACUAUAUAAUUGGCAUACUUAGCUUUAAGCCUUCCCGCACAAAAACCUGUACAAACGAGCCUAUUGUUGCCGUCAUGUUUAACCAAAUACCAGAAACACUAAAAACUAGCAUUAGAGGGGACCGAGAAAGAAUGUUUGAACUGGAUGCAAACGGAGUUUGGUACAAAUAAAAGAAUAUGAAUGCACUAAAAAAAAUUAAAGAAAUUUAUAAUGUGUUUGUAUACUUGUAUGUAAUAUAUAAUAUAUGCUUAAGUAAGAGAGAGUGCGGUACACGUAGGUAUAGGUCCGCCACACUGUAGCAUAAAUGUAGAAAUCUUAUAACAGUAAAAAUGUCACACCCUUUCAUUAUUAAUACGAAUAUAUGGUAUGAUGACCUAAGUCGAUUUAGGCAUGUCCGACAGGGCGUCAGUCCGCCUGUCUGUAUAUACGUGAACUAAUCGCUCAGUGUUUGAAACAUCGAUCUGAAAUUUAGCACACAUCCUUUUCUCCCCAAGAAGCUACUCAUUUGUCGGAACAGCCGAUAUCGGACAUUUAUUACAUGGAGCUGUCAUACAAACUGAACGAUCAAAACCAUGUCCUUGUAUGGAAAACUUUCUUAUUUUCGCUUAUAAUCCGAAUUCAUCUAUUUUCACAAAGUGAGUAGGGACGUCAAAACAUUUGUCCUAGUCGUUUGGUUAUUAUAGCUUGAAUGGUUUAGGAGAUAUGUGCAUUUAACUUAUUCGAUGAUGGGGCCAUGAUCACUCUAGAAAAAAUUCAACCAUAGAUGCCCCAUCAUAAUGCGUUAUUAUUGUGGAGCAAAGGUGUGUCACUUUAUGGUUUCCUUAAUUUACCUUAACUUAUUAAUACCUAUAGUUUCUAUAGAUAUAGAUGGUUGUGUACUACCAAAUAUAGCUGACCUGUUUUGAAUUAAAGCAGUGAAUUCCUCCAAUAUGUGGUUGAUUGUUCGGUUUGCAUAUUACAAUGUGUGCAACUUGGUUUCUCAGUUCUUUUCGGCAGGUAACAAUGUGAACCUAAGAUGUGGUCUAUUCUGAGGGUAAAAAAAUUUCUGAGGUCUUGACAUUUACUGUCAUUUGGGUAAUUUGUUUUGACAUCGGUGAGAUUUGGCUCUGGCUGCUAACGCGUUGAGAGCUUGUUUUUAUCAUACUUGUAUUUCGUCUGUCUUUUACGGUAAAGUGUGCAAAUGGAAGUAUUGGUUCUCUUCUUGCGCGUUAGUCAGCAUAGUGAUUUCCAAUAUUGCCUUUCUCUCCAGAGAGGAGUGGGAAAGGGGCGUAGUUGACAAGGAAGCAGGGAAAAGCUUCUAUACGGAUGGUUCCCAACUAGAUAACCGCCAAGUAGUCGGCGGUGUCUUUUCAGCUAAACUAGAUACCCUUUCUGCUUCCAGACCACUGCAGUGUAUUCCAAGCGGAGUUCACAGCAAUUAAAGAGAGCCUUCUUGUACUCACAGGGAGUGUAAUCACAACAAGAAAUAUAUUUAUAUAUACAGACAGCCAGGCGGCUUUAAAAUCUCUAAUGUCUCAUAGGAUUUCGUCUAAGAUAGUGAAAGAAUAACGUAAUAUUCUAAUGGAUCUACCAUUCUAUUUCACGAUAACCCUGCAAUGGGUCCCAGGACACAGUGAUAUCCCCGGGAGCUGUGUAAUAGAUGAACUAGCCGGAAAGGCACCACCCUACAACUAGAUUCUGGAAAGGAGGACAUAUAUAUGCCUCUGUCUACUUGUAGAUACUUAAUCGACAAACAUGUCAUUAACAUAGCUGAGUCUCAGUGCAAUCAGUCCCUGACUUGCUCAACAAGCAGGCAAACGUGGCAUAAAUGGAAUAUGAGCCGGACACGCCGCUGUUAAAGUUCAAACGAAAUGAUAUAAGAACUCUAGUAGCAGUACUAACAGGCCACUGUCUAAUAGGCAGGCAUGCAAGUAUUGUAUACUUGGUACGCUAUAUAACGACUAUUGUAUAAGCUGUCGGGAAGUAGGAGAGGGGGAUACCAUUAAGCAUCUUCUAUGCGAUUGCGCGGCACUAUAUAGGAAAAUAAUCAAAGCUAUUGGUCGCGGGUUUCUUGACUACGUCUCGGAGGUUGCACGGAUAAAACUUGUAUUACUGAUAAAGUUCAUCAGAAGUACGGAGUGGUUUAGAGAGGAGCCAAUAGAGUGAAGGGACCUUAGUUCCGGUGGUAUCACAAUGGGCCUCUUAAAGGCCUAGGUGUGUCAAAUUGCCACUCUACCUACCUACCUACCUUCAUUUAGAAAAACCAAAUUCAGCAAUUUAACUCCAUUGCUCAUUGUAAAAGUAUCCUCAGCUUGCCUUAAACAUUACGAAAUAGAAGAUCAUCCUCUCCAUUAAAAUUACCCUGCUUUUCAGUUUUUUGUCAACUGUCUCUAUAUAUGUAUGUAUGUCUUCUCCAUGUUGUUCGUUAAAUCGAGUACUGACAAAUUCCCGUUGUUCGUUAUUUAAUACUACUGUAUUUGUCAUUCAAUUAAAUUAUGCUUAAGAAUAUGUUUCUAUUCUAUAAUGAAAGUUAUUCUAAGUAUUAUAUGGUGACUAGGGUAAUUCAUGGAUGGAUUUCAUUCAUUUUUAGCGCCAAAUUUAGACUUUCGUUAUUAGCCCUCUGACUGAUUUCCGUUUUUGGUUGAAGUUGUCACAUAUUUAGCGCACUAUUUAUGCUAAGUUUUAUUCCCAUAUCUUUAUUGCUGUUAAAUUUAUGUAAUGUUAAAUAAAAUAAUUUGAUGGAA